AUGGAAGAGUAUGAAGAAGGAGGGGAAGGCUUAUUGGAUGACAAGGACGAACAAGUUGAAUUUGGGUCUGUUGAUCAGAUAGAUGAGGUUGAUGAUUUUCAUGGAAUUUCUAAGACAAGUGAAGGGACUACCAUCUUGUCUUUUGUGACUAAGCAAGGAAUAAUGGUUGGUGCCGAUACUCAGCGAAGCUCCCAUAAAACCGGUGAAUCCACAGGAACUAAGAACAAAAUUUACUCACUCGGCAAUCGAAUUCUAGCUGUAGCAGCGGGAUGUGUUGAUCGUAGUACCCGUCUUCUCAGACGCCUCCAACACGAGUUCGAAGCCGCAGAAAAUGGGGACAAGCCGAUGUCUUUCCGGGAUGUUUAUGAUUGGAUUAAGAAUGAGUUUUCCCAUGGCCCUCUGUCUGCUUCUUGGUAUGAAAAAUGGAAGGGAAGGAACGUGAAUAUAUUGUUGGUAGGGUGGACGUUGGAGCCCAAAACAAAGCGUCAUAAAUGCAACAUAGUGGUGAUGGACGAUCUGGGGCACUCCAUUAGAAAGAAUUCGAUCUGCGUUGGAUCUGGGAAAUCAUUUGCUGCCCCUCUUCUCAUCCUUGACUAUGAACCAAAUAUGGAGUUUGAGGCUUCCGAAGACUUAGCCAAGAGGUGUAUUUGUCUUGCUUCACUGCUGGACAACAAAACUGGUGGUGAUAUCCAUCUUGGCAUCCUACAGCCUGACCGGUGGAUGGAAAUCCCUAUUCACAAAAGUAUAGACGAAUUGUUGGAGACUGAAUACCCUUGGAUGACGCGGGACUACUAUGAUUUGGUUUUGGAAAGACUUAAGCAGAAGAUAGCAUCAACGUCCAAAAAACAAGAGACUUGUCGCCCCCCAUCCCCAGUGCAUGUGUGUCAGCUCGCAUGCGCGUACGCCUCCCUCAUCCUUCUUGACCUUGGCAUUUCCAUCACUGCCGAGAAGAUCGCCACGCUGCUCAAGGCUUCUAAUUUGGCCGUCCCGUCCUACUGGCCGAUCCUUUUCGCCGAGCUGUGUGAGAAAAAGAAUGUGUUAGAUCUCAUCUUGAACGUCGGGGGCCCCGUUUCUCCGGUGGCUGAGGAGAAUACGUAA